GUGGUGUAACAUACAGUUGUAAGCACGUUUAGACUGAACAGGUUAAGAACGAAGUUUAUUUAGUUGAAUAGUUUUUUUUAAAAUCAGUGAAAAAAGUGUCUGAUAAUGAGAUUUUUGAUAAUUUUGUAAUAUUUUGUAUACUUGUAUUCAGUGUUCUUUAAACAAUCAUGUCGGACAAUUUACUUAUCAAUUGUUUAUCAAGUUUCUGCAGUGAAAAUAGUUGUUGUGAAAAUAUAUUUGCCGCAGUUUUACAGUUGAAGGAACUCGAUUCUAUUCAAAGAUGUACAGUUCUGGAGACAGUUUGCAAUUUAUUAAAAGAUGCACGAUAUACAACGAAAAUUGCAGAACACUUUCGUCCUAUUCUCUUAAUUUUAUUGACUUCGGUGAUACCGAUUUAUGAUCAGAACAUCCAUACUUUGGAAACGUUGAAGUUGAACCAUCGAAGGAAUUGUUUUAUUCUUGGCAAACUCAUUGGAAGCUAUCCUGACGUAUUGGGAUUUGCUCUUCAUUAUUUUGAAAAACUCCCAGCUCCGUUUUCCUCGAUAGAAGAAAAUGGAACUGUCGAAAUGAAUGAGGUUGACGAACCUAUGUUAAUUGAUACAAUAACAGACUGUGAUAUUGUUUCAUCCUCUUACAAUAUUUUAAAAGCGAAACCACAUCAUUUUAAAAGAAAAUGGAAUUGGUCAGAAUUUUACACAUUUUUAACUCAUUCUGAUAAUAAAGUCAAAUGGAUGGCUUGGAAUUGCAUUGCUAUUGUUUUAGACAUGUCUGAAUCGUUACGAUUAAAAUGUGUCACAUCGCUAAUCGAUUCAACCAUAAUAGACGAAUUUACAAUGAAUUUGGAUAAGGAAAAUACAAAUUUCCAUUCUGAAAAUAUUUUAUCUGAAGAAGCAUCUAAAGAAAUUGAUCUUCUUUUAGAGAAGAUACCUUCUGUUAUUUCUGUUUCUGGUGUUUUGCUUCCUAUCUUAAACAAUAAGAUGGAAAAAUUGAAGUGUUCUUUAGUGACUGUUCCUUCUAUGAAAGAGAACUUACGCAGUUUAGCUUUAGCAGUAGCAACGGGAAAAUGUGUUUGUGUUCAAGGAACGGUUGGUUGUGGAAAGACCAGUAUAAUUGAGUACAUAGCUAAAGAGACUGGACGGAGUCAAUCGGAUUUUAUUCGAGUUCAAUUGGGCGAUCAAAUCGAUUCCAAGAUAAUGCUUGGUAACUAUCGUUGCACUGAGAUUCCCGGCGAAUUCAUCUGGCUGCCUGGUAUUUUAACGAAAGCGGUGACUGAUGGAAAGUGGCUCCUUCUGGAAGAUAUUGAUAGUGCUACCAUGGAUGUAUCAAGUACUCUGAGUAAUUUACUCGAAACGGGAACAUUGUCCGUCCCCGGACAUCGAGAUUUGAUUCAAGUUAACAGUGGCUUUCAAUUGUUCGUCACGCAAAGACUGUUCUCUACUUCCGCCGGACUUCGUAAACCUGUUUCGAAUGCUUCGAAUUUGCUCUCGAGACAUUGGACUUGCGUUAACAUGGAACCACUUUUAAGGGAUGAGCUUAUAACUAUUAUAGAAACAUUAUUUCCAAAAUUGAGGACAGUGGCUUCAAAAAUGGUAGACGUCUUCUUGAUUUUUCAAUCAAGUGAGGAAAGUGAUCAAGAGUUGAUAAAUAUUUCUUCUAGACCUAGAAGACUGACGUCUACAAGAGAUUUAAUAAAAUGGUGUUCGAGGGCUGAUGUUUAUUAUAAAUAUCCUACGAGUGAAGAGGAGAAGCAAAAUCUUUUUGAAGAUGCAAUUGAUAUUUUUUGUUGUUCGACACCUGACGAAGGAAGGAGACAAUCUUCAGUAGUAGCAAUUGGACUCAAGUUAGGUAUCAAUAAAGUGAAUGCAGAAAAUAUAUUUCAAACAUACAAACCAUCGAUAACGUGUGAAAAGGACUUUAUAGUUGGUCGUGCAAAGUUACCAUGCAAAACAGUUUCUUACGCGAGUGUCGAUAAAAGAAAAGUGACAUUUUCCUUCACGCGUCCAUCCGCCUGCUUGCUAGAACGUAUAGCUUGUUGCGUAGCUCAAAAGGAACCCGUUCUCCUCGUCGGCGAGACAGGAACCGGAAAAACCAGUUCAAUUCAAUAUCUUGCCAAGAGUACUGGAAACACUCUCAUCGUUAUUAAUAUGAAUCAGCUCAGCGAGAGUGCUGAUUUGUUAGGAGGAUACAAACCGGUAGAUAUCAAAUUUCUCAUAAGACCCAUAAGAGAGGAAUUCGAGUUACUUUUCCGCUCGUUCUUUGCCAUUGAGCCGAAUAAGAAAUACUUGGAAGCCAUAGCUUUGUGCUACAAACAAGAGAAGUGGGACAGUCUUCUAAAAUCAAUGACUGUCAGUGCUAGGAGCGCAAUAACUAGAUUGAAAGAUUCCUUCAAGGCUGUUAAAUGGGAGAAGCUUCUUUUGAAAAUAGAGAAACUUUCGUCGCAAGUGAAGAGUAAUAUGGCUUUGGGUUUUGCUUUCGUGGAGGGAAGCCUUGUGAAAGCAAUUCAGAAGGGACACUGGGUUCUUCUCGAUGAGAUAAAUUUGGCUAAUGCCGAAACUUUGGAGUAUUUGUCCGGUUUAUUGGAAGGUUCUUCAGGUUCUCUGUCACUUUUGGAACGAGGUGACGAAGAUUUAAUAAAACGACAUCCGGAUUUCACUCUCUUUGCGUGUAUGAACCCAGCCACGGAUGUUGGGAAAAAGGAAUUACCGAUUGGUUUUCGAAAUAGAUUUACAGAAUUUUUCGUUGAUGAACUAACGUCAAAGAUUGAUUUGCAGAUAUUGGUUGACUCGUACCUGAAGCAGAUGAACCUGCAAUGUAAACAUGAGACUAUUGUUAAUUUCUACAUCAGUUUGAGAAAAGAGGCGCAUUUGAUUUUAUUUGACGGGACUAUGAAUAAACCUCAUUAUAGUUUACGAACACUGUGUCGAGCUCUAAGUAUCACUGCUGCUAAUCCCUGUGAAUAUGAGUUAAGAUCUUUGUACGAAGCAUUCUGUCUUAGUUUUCUGACCCAGUUGGAUCAUAAAUCAUAUCCGAUUGUUGAAAAUCUGAUCCGAAAAUCGAUGUUGGAGGAGAAGACAGCGAAAAGAAUUCUUUCCAGUCCCAUUUCAAGACCUAAGAGUGACUUGGAGUUUAUUAAUUUCGAAGGCUAUUGGAUUACGAAAGGAACCGAGGUUCCGAACACACCGGAAAAUUACAUUCUGACGUCGUCCGUGAGGCGUAACUUGAAGGACAUUGCUCGAGCUGUGUCGAUAGGAAAAAUGCCGAUUUUGCUGCAAGGAGACACGUCUGUCGGAAAGACGAGUUUAAUCACCUAUUUGUCGAAAGCAUCGGGCCACGUCUGCGUUAGGAUCAACAACCACGAACACACUGACCUGCAGGAAUAUGUCGGCAGUUACGUAGCCGACGAGACCGGAAAACUAGUUUUUCGGGAAGGUAUCUUAGUCGAAGCUAUGCGGAAAGGUUACUGGAUAAUUCUCGACGAGCUGAACUUAGCGCCAAGUGAUGUUCUAGAAGCUCUCAAUCGUGUUCUGGACGACAAUCGAGAACUCUUCAUUUCGGAGACGCAACAGGUUGUCAAGGCUCAUAACGAGUUUAUGCUCUUCGCGACGCAGAAUCCACCUGGAUUGUACGGAGGAAGAAAAGUUCUUUCCCGAGCUUUCAGGAACAGAUUCGUUGAGUUUCACUUCGACGAAAUCCCACCAAUCGAGUUGCAGGAAAUAAUGCAGAAACGGUGCAGUAUGCCAGAGUCGUACUGUAAGCAAAUAAUCAACGUGAUGAAAGAUCUGCAGAUUAGACGCAAGACGACCGCUGCCUUCGCGGGAAAGAAAGGUUUCAUAACCCUUAGAGAUCUAUUUCGAUGGGGCGAGAGAUUCCGCCUAGCACCGGACGUUAAAGGUCUGUAUGACUGGAGUCAGCAUUUAGCAGACGAAGGCUACUUGGUACUAGCAUCCAAAGUUCGUCUUCCGGAAGAAGAAGCUGAAAUUCGUCAAGUAAUCAAAAAGCACCUAAAACGGGACGUCGUACCCCAAGAUCUGUUCACUUUAUCUAAGACAACUUCGCCCGUUACCAAACACAUUUUAGAAGAGAUCCUCCGAGAAGAUAUCUCCGAAUUCAAACACAUCGUCUGGACCUAUCAUCUCCGACGCAUGGCUGUUUUACUCAAAAAAUCGAGCCAAUUUCACGAACCGGUUUUACUCGUCGGCGAGACGGGUUGUGGAAAAACUACCAAUUGCCAACUAGUCGCUGCGAUCCAAAAGCAACAGUUACACGUCGUCAAUUGUCACAUGCACACCGAAUCUUCCGAUUUUCUGGGAAAUUUACGUCCUGUCAGAAGUCAGGACAGGGAAGAAAAUCAAAAACUCUUCGAGUGGGUCGAUGGUCCCUUGAUUCAUGCCAUGAGGAACGGAGACUUGUUCCUUGCAGACGAGAUCUCUCUGGCUGAUGACAGUGUACUUGAAAGGUUAAAUUCCCUCCUGGAGCCUGAACGUACGCUCGUUUUAGCAGAGAAGGGAAUCGAUUUAACAAAUGCGCAUAAAACAGGCAGUAUUAUCGUCGCUAAGGAAAACUUCCUCUUCGUCGGUACUAUGAAUCCAGGCGGUGAUUAUGGAAAGAAGGAGCUUUCUCCUGCCUUACGUAAUCGAUUUACGGAAAUUUGGUGCGAUCCCUGUACGGAAAGGGGGGAUUUGAAGAUAAUAAUAGAGCAUAAUCUUCGGGAAGAUGUGGCGAAAGGAAACAUCUCGGAGUGUAUUUUAAAUUUUCUCGAUUGGAUGAAAAAGGGUGAUACUCUAAAGAGUUUUAUUGUUAGUACUCGGGAUCUUCUGAGUUGGGUGGACUUUAUUAAUAUUUCUACGGGAGAUGGUUUAUUGUCGGUGGUGGAUGCUAUUUUACAGGGAGCUUGUCUGACUUAUAUUGAUGGACUUGGAUCUGGCGGUUCGAAGCAAUUAGAUGUUUUUAAAGACAACGCGUUGGGGUAUUUACAACAAGAGUUGUAUUCAUCAUUAGGAAUAGCGCCUUCUGUGGAAAAACUUACAGCGGUUAGGGAUUUGAAAAUCGCGACUGAGGAUUUCUUUGGGAUCGAGCCUUUCUUUAUUCCGAAGGGUCAUGAUUUUUCCCCAAAUACGGAGAGAUUUACGUUUUCUUCUUCGACCACAAAGCUGAAUACUUUGAAACUACUGAGGGCUAUGCAGAUCAAGAAGCCUAUUUUACUGGAAGGAAGUCCGGGAGUUGGGAAGACGAGUUUAGUCUCUGCGGUCGCGAGAGCCUCGGGGCAUUCUUUAUUCAGAAUCAACUUGAGCGAUCAGACGGACGUUUGCGAUUUGUUCGGAACGGAUUUGCCCGUUGAGGGUGGUAAGGGCGGGGAAUUUUCCUGGAGGGACGGACCAUUUUUGCGCGCUUUACGAGCUGGACAUUGGAUACUAUUGGAUGAGCUGAAUUUAGCCUCGCAGGCUGUUUUGGAGAGUUUGAACGCUUGCUUCGAUCAUCGGGGCGAACUCUUCAUUCCCGAGUUGGGGAAGACUUUUAACGUCACAUCAGGAACUAAAUUCUUCGCUUGUCAAAAUCCGAUGAAACAAGGAGGUGCUAGACGAGGACUGCCGAAAUCGUUCCUGAAUCGAUUCACCCAGGUUUUCGUCAGUACACUGACAGAGGAGGAUCUUAAGUUUAUAUGCUAUUCGCAAUUUCCGGAAUUGUCGGAGGAGUUAGUGAGAAGGAUGGUUGAUUUCAAUAGUAGAAUAUCGUCAGAAGCUGGUAUUCUGUGGGGUCUUAGCGGAUCCCCCUGGGAAAUGAAUCUGCGGGACGUUAUCCGAUGGUGUGAGGCGACUAUUUCUUCAGCGAAAACUCAGUGUAGUGAAAGGGACUUGUCUUAUAAUCCCGGAUGCUGCGUGGAGCUGAUCUACGCCGAUAGGAUGAGAACUAAAAUCGACAAGGAGACGGUGCUGAAAAUAUACGGAGAGAUCUUUCCGGAUUGUCCUCUUUCUUCCAGUCAGCCAAUUUUGCAUGUCACUCAUGACAAAUUGUACUUUGGGGAUAUGGUUCUAACUCGAAGUAAUUCGUCGCAUUAUGAAGAAGAUUUGUUACUGUUGCGAGAUCAAAUGAAAACGCUAAGGAGCCUCGCGCAGUGCAUCAACAUGAAGUGGAUGUCUAUAAUCGUCGGGGGACCAGCUAGCGGAAAAAGCAGCGUUGUCCGCGUAAUCAGUCAGCUAGCGGGGCAGAAAUUAAAAACAGUCGUCGUUAAUUCCGCGAUGGACACAAACGAAAUUUUAGGCGGGUUCGAGCAGACCGAUUAUAAUCGUCACCUGGAGGAACUUUUCGAACGCACUGAAAAUUUACUGAUUGAUUGCCUAAAAAUAACGAUCUGUGAGAGUAACAUCGAAGUUAUAAAACAUUACCAUGAGUCUUUGGAAAACGUCCGAAAUAUUCUGGAAGAAACAUCGAAAACGGGAAUUGAACUCUUCCUACAGAAGCUAGACGACUUGUACCGGUUAGUUUCUAUGAUGAAGGAUCUAGACCGUCACCUUGAGGAACUAAACGAAAUCUUACAAAAAUUAAACAAUCUUUCCCGAAUCGUUCAACAGGAGAUGUGUCUCAACGCCGGAGGGAAAUUCGAGUGGGUGGACAGUUUACUAGUCAAGUGUCUAAAAGAAGGUCAUUGGUUACUCGUCGAUCAGGUGAACUUCUGCAGUCCUGCUUUACUAGACAGACUCAAUGGUCUACUAGAACCAAACGGAGUGCUAACAAUCGGCGAACGUGGCACAACAAUUGAUGGCACUAUAACAACUAUCAAACCACAUGAAAAUUUUAGACUCUUCCUGACAAUGGAUCCAAAGUACGGAGAGAUUUCGCGGGCAAUGAGAAAUCGGGGCGUGGAAAUAUUUUUACUAGAUCAGGGAAAAACGGUAAACCAAGAUCUCGAUGUCCGUUCACUUCUAUUCAGUUCCGGUCUCACUGUUAAAUUACAUCAAGAUGUUCUGUUUGAAAUUCAUGACAAAAUUUCGCAGGAUAUUUCAAGUACAGAGGCGUUGAAUAUCACACAUCUUCUCAAGUCGGCUUUUUUGAUAAAGCAACAAAUCACGAGGGGUUUUUCCCUAACAUCCGCUUUUGAAACAAGUUGUCAAGAUGUUUACAUAAAAGCAAGAGCGAUUAGCGUACAGCAAACAAAAAGUCGUCUUGAACUUUUCAUUCAAGAGUCGUGUAAACUUUUUUCUUCUGUUGACAUGGAGACGAACUUUACGCCUAACUUAGAGACAAUAACCUGGAAGGUUGAAGACUGUUUGGAGAAUUCGAAAUUAGCGAGGAUAGAACAACAGGGGGCCUUACUUAGUUACUUCACCCAGAACUUAAUUACUUCAUCCAUUAAUUCUUUGAGGAUUCCGCUGGUCGAUAUAGCGGAAUUUUUAAACCUCGGGAACUUUGAAAAUCUGAAAGAAAUGUUCAUUGACGAGAUCUUUCCUUAUGUGUUACUGGAGUUUUUUGAGAAAUCUUCAAUAGAUGAUGUCGAACUCCGAGCUCGGUGGCUUCUGAAGAAGAAUGCGACACAAAACGAAAUUUUACAAAAUAGCCAAAAGUUAGUGAAAGAAGUUCUAUCGUUUGAAUUUAGUUUUCCGAAUUAUGCCCUACCUUGGGAUGCGGCUCUACCACGAGGUCUUACAAACGAGGCGAAGGAAAAAAAUAACCAAGAUUCGAACAGAUUGGCGUUACUUCUUUAUUGGAAUAAUAUGGACAACGAAUUACUAUUGAAACAAUCAGCAAAGAAAGAAACUGUAAGAAGAUAUUCUACGGAAGUGACGAACGGAACCAUGAACACUUUUUGCAAGGAUGAACCGUUGAUCGACAACUUCUCACCUUUUACGAAUCAGGUACGAAAGACCAUUGAUAUCACACUUCGAGAGAAAUCUCUGCCACUGACGCCUCAAGAUUACUUGAAAAUAAGGCUAAAUCUUCAUUGGUAUAAAAGAUACUACGAGCUAGGAAACCUAGUUCUUGAAAUUGACAAAAAGCGAACGAAGCUCAUUAACAUUGAUAAGAUCAGUUUACUGUUGAAGGUGCACUACAAGUGGUUGAUAAAGUUUCUAAAAAUGUUUUCUUCCCUUCUGUCCAAUCAUCUUUUGAGUGAAAGUUGCAAGUCUGAGAUUAACAGUUUGUUCCAAAUGAUAGACGAAACAAAUCGGGAUCUAUUCGUCAUGUACAAUCCGAUAUUGAAGAUUGCCAAGAAAUUCAAAGCUGUCAUGAGUCUCCCACUCCCGUAUUCUGACAAACAAAUUGCUGAUUCGUUCUCCCACUUGAUGUACGUCUCACGGUGUCUCAACUUCUGGACGAUGAUUGUGGACAAUGAAGCAAAAAUGUUUUCAAAUCUCUUGAUAUUAUUGUCACCUAAGGGAAUUGAGAUUCGGCGUCAAUUACUUGAGGACUGGUACACUUUUUUCAAAACAAAUUGUUUUAGUGGAACUGAAGAACACCUUCUGGGAAUUAAAGAUUUUUGUGUAAAGAAUAAUUUGAAAGUGGAAAAUUCUGGUGAAUCAACUUUAGAGUGCUCACUAAAUCCAACGGAGGAAGCAGCACUUUCAGGGAAUAUUCAACUUUGGCCGCUUUAUGAACAUAUGUUUCUUCGAUUUGCGAAUAGAAUUCAGCAGGAAAUUUGUGCUGCAGCUUUUGGUGGAGCAGAAAAUUGCCAAUCGGUGGAAAUUGUCACACAACUUUGGCAAAAAUGGAGCGAAGUUCUAAGCAUACCGGUAAAUGUUUUGGCGGUAACGAACGCUGCUUUGCUUUUCAAUCAGGAACCAGAGACGGUUUGCAGACUGAUUCCAACUUUGUCUUAUUUACUGAAACGAUUCGCGAGGGGAAACUACGCUCUUAAUAAUUUUAAGAAAUUAUCCAACUGGAAGGGAUUUUCCUGUCAACCGACGGAAGAUAACACUGCUUUUACUCCAUACUCACAGGUGGAACAGAAGACUCGAUCUACUCCAGCGCUAUUGAAUUUAAUUCUGGAAUUAUUACUGAAUAAAACCCAGACGAAAAAUGACACCUCCGUACUUGCAAUGCCCUCUCUCGGUGCACAUGAAUCACGCAUAAGUCAACUUAAGAAACUCAACAUUUUACUCUGGAGAAAUAAUGCGUCUUUUAAUUCUAAAAAAUUCGAUUGCCUAUUAAAUGAUUACGAAAUACUGAAGACACAAGGAAAGUACUUUUUGGAAUUGAACAAGAAUUUGCAGCUCGAAGACCAGUGGAAGCUAUGUGACAUUGAAAAGAAUCUUUUGCUGGAAUUUGAAGAAAUUCUCUGGGAAUUAAGAAGUGCACCCCAAAGGGAUAGAAUAUUUAGACAAGGUAAGGCUUGGGCUAAGUUUGGUUAUUUGCAAACAUCUCUAUUCACAUCGUUGGGAUACGUCGAUCCACUCUACAAAGUUGAACGAAAACUCCAAUAUGCUGAAGAGGACAUUAAGGAUCUGAAAUGUACGUUUUAUGUUAAAAUUCUAGAAGGUCGUAUUUUUGGGAAGAAAGAAAUUGAUAAUUCUCGUUUCAAGGAAAUAGAACCGAUGGUAAAAAAUAUUAUCGCCGACCGGGAAGUUUUACGAACGAAGAGAGCAUACCGACCGGCCAAUUCGGACUUUUUGAUACUCGUCAAAGAGUUUGAAAAUUUCCGUAACACAUUGGGUAGUUUUUCAGUUGUUCAAAAUCAUCUUCUAGAACUUUCGAAGGUAUUCGACGAUUUCGCCGGCAAAAAUCCGGAUAUCAAGCGAGCGGAGAAUGUGGUUCUCAGAACCGAAACUUGGCAAGAGUCUUUGGAGCAAUUUAUCGAUCGAGUCGAAAAUCGUUUUCUCUCCUCCUAUCCAGAUCUUAUUUUACCAGCAUUUGCCGCUAUAUCGGACAUGAAACAUGGAAUUAAUAUCAUGACGACUCAUAUUCAAGGGAUGAUUUCCAAAAGUUCGAAUCAGGACCUAGAAGGUUUAAUCGAAAAAAUGAUCGUAUUUCCUACGAUUAACCGACGACAGUCAAGUUUGUUAGAUUUGGUCGACUUCUGUACACUUGACUCAACCAGGGAGGUUAUAAAUAAAAACCUUCGAGUUGAUAAUCAAUUUUCUUCCUUUAGAGAGCAGUUUAAAAUAACCUUGUCCGGUCUACACGAACUACAUAAUUAUAUUUUACUAAACGGCAAACUUUCCAAAAAAUUGUGGAGCAAAUUGAGUGAAAUAAUGCACCAGGUUAUUUUGAUUUGGAAACAACAGCAGAAGGAAAUUCUCCAGCAGGAGCUCGAUGAAGAAAGUAUGUACAAGAGUACUCGAACACAUGCUUCUCAAACUGUUGAGGAAGAGGAAAUAAAGCGAGAGAUCGAGAAUCUCUUUCCUACUUACAAGGAGACGGAUUUUAACGAUUUUGGAAUUGAUGCUCAAUGUCAGGGAACGGAAAAUGGGGAAGUUAGAACGAAAAUAAAAGAGCGUCGUUCGGUUCUGCUUUCACUUGAAGAUAUUAAAGAAGUCAAUCGGGUUUAUUCGAGUAUUUUGAUAUCGAGUACUUGUGGAUCUUCUGAUUGGCUAAAAGAAUCCUUGCGGGGAACCGUAUCGCAGAAAUCACCGGAUUACGUCAAUCCGCUACUUUUGCGUUGCAAUACGGUCGGAAUGUUACUAGACAAUGUAACAGUGUCACUAGAUUCGAAAAUCUCCGAAAGAUUGUAUUCGAGUUUGAAUUAUUUAACAUCCGCGACGCUGUCCAUCUGUCAGGGGAAGAAACUGUCGGGAAAGAAUCAGGAGACAUUUGAUUUUUACAAAGACAGUAACAUUUCUGAAGUCAGUUCCUGUUUGGGAAUAUUGAGAAACAUUUUGGAUAAGAUUUCCCUUUUGCUACAAGAGUGGCCUGAGCACCCGACCCUAAGGGCUAUUCGCGUGGUAAUUCGAAGAAUACUAGAAUUUCCCGUAACUUCUUCGAUUGCGAGAUUUCUAACAGGUUUGGAAUUGUUGCUAGUGAAAAUGAAAGAGUGGGAGGAGAACGCCCACAAAGGGGUAAGUCUCUUCGAACACAUGGCUAACCUCACCCAACAGAUUGUUUCCUGGAGGAAACUCGAACUCGCUUCCUGGAAGGACUGUCUGAACGUCACUUUUUUGAGACUUCGAGAUCAGAGCGCAAAGUGGUGCUUUUGGUUGUAUACUUUACUCGAAAGUUACGUUAACAAAAUUCAUCCGGAAGAUGAUUGUUUCGAAGAGGUUCAAGAGGUUACUGUUCCUAAAGAGGAACAGAUUUCCCCCGAAAAGUUAGUGGAAGUUCUGCAUUGUUUCAUCUCGAAGUCCUCUCUAGUGGAAUUCGAGGCCCGAUUGCAGUUGCUGUUAACCUUCCACUGUCAUGCCUUCUACUUUAACUCGAGUCCAGAACGGGAUGAAGUGUUGGCUAUUACCUGGAAUAUCUACAACUACUACAAACAAUUCAUCGACGAGGUGAAUACAAAAAUUAACGGUCUACGAAAUCCGAUCGAGAAGAAGUUGAAAGAUUUCGUCAAGAUCACUCGGUGGAAUGACAUCAGUUACUGGGCGGUGAAGGAAACAAUCGCCAAGUCCCACAAGACUCUACACAAGUUCGUCAAGGAGUACGAGAAAGGCUUGAAGGAGAACGUAACCGCCUGUCUGGUAGUCAAACCAACAAAUAACCUGAACCAUAAGGAGAAUUUGAAGAAAGUAGAUCCGGAUAUUUUUCUCCUCCCUUCGGAAUCUUUCGAAAAAGUUGAAAUAGACAAAGAGAAGUUAAUACCAGACCAAUUGGUGACUAGCCUAAAGACUAAAAUCGCCGCAUCAAGGUUCGAGGAAAUUAGAACAAACCUCGAGAAUCUGGUCGAGGACUACAUGGAGCGUAGCGCUAACCUCAAGAAAAUUGAAAUUGACAACACUUUACCGAAGCCGAAACAAAUAUCUCACGCUAAGAGUGUAUUGCAGCAGAAGAAGAAAGCACUAUCGGAUUAUUUCAAAACUAUAGCGCACUUGGGAGUUUCGUAUCGAAUCGGUAUUUUAGCUUGGAAGAAUAAACAGAACACUGUGAUCGAUCUAAUGAUACCGCCCCUCGAUCUCAAUGCUCUGAGAAACUUUGAUUCGCAAGCGGACAAAUUAAUGCUCGACCAAUGGCGCGACUGUGAAAAUUAUUACCAGAAAUCGGUAGCCGAAUUCAUUGCUUUAACCCAAAUGUUGUCGAAUGCCCACAAGGAUCUAAACCCUCUGAAUGUUGAGCGCUUCAAAGGUUACUCGGCCCACAUGCUCCUGAUGGCGAACGAGCAGAAAAGAACCCUAACGGAGGAGAUGAAACACUUUGUCGCAGUUCGUUCCCAAAUCUACAGUCUGAAGAGUGUGAACCUACAAUCAAAUCUUCCGAAACAGGAGAAUCUAUUUACAAUUGCUAAAAAGUUCAAGAAACUGUUAAUUACUUUACAAUCAAGUUUAGAUCAGUUACAACUCUGCUUCGACGCCUGUCCCACUAAAACUGACAUUGAAGAAAAUGAAAUCUACGAUAUGGAAGAACUCCCGCUUACGGUUCUUUAUACAACCAAACAGGAUCCAUUGUUUGGGAGUGUUAACUCAUUUUUCGGGGAUUGUUCCCUUCGGGUCAGGACUAUGACCCUUGGGUUUAAUUCCUUGUUCCGUUCCUCUGUUCCUAUUUUAACGACUGAACACUAUGAGUAUUUGAAGAAAGGUAACGAAACUCUGGAGGGUUUGAGGACGAAAUUAACCGAGAUUGAAAAAUCGUUCGGUGGUGAAGUGAACUUGAAUCAUUCGUUAAUUACAAGCAUUGUGUACGUUAAGGAAAUAAUCGAAGAUUAUUUGUUCCAUUUAGUGGAAUUUAAUCAAGUGGGAGAGGAAACAUAUGAGUACGACGAAGAUUUACUGGAGUUUGAAAAUACGUUAACGGACCUACUUCGUACUGCUGUGACUACACUCCAAAUUGACGAAGAAGAAAAAGAAGAAAUUUGUUUUGAAGUAGAAGAUCAAUUGGAAAAGAAUACAAUCACCGAAAUGCUCAUCAAGUCCCUACGGAACAAACUAACGAAGCUAGAGAUAGAAACUGUUUCUAAAAAAUUGGAGAAAUUGAUCAACUUUCACUUUGGAGGGUUUGAAAAACUACGUAAAUUUCUACCUUUGUUAGAGCAAUAUCUACUAUUCUCGGAGUUCUAUCUAACGGAGCAGGUCGCUAGUUUUCGAUUAACAUGCAAAAUGCUUCACUUGCAAUUGAACGUGUUUCUCGAUUUGGCUAUUAACGGUUUUUGCAUACCGAAGAAUUUAGAACUUGAUGUCGAUCCAAACGGGGAGGAAAAUUCUCAGGAAAAUACGGGAAAAGGUGGUAUGGGUCUGAGUAAUGAAGAAGGAGACCAAGACGUUUCGGAUCGAAUCGAAAGCGAAGAUCAGUUGGAGGAAGCGAAACAGAAGGGUCAAGAGGAGGAAAAGGAUGAGAAAUCGUGUCCGGAGGAGGAGAACGGUAUCGACAUGUCGGAAGAUUUUGAGAGUAAUUUACAAAAUAUGGAGAAGGGAGAAGAAGACAAUGAAAAUAGUGAUGAAGACGAUGGGGAUUUGGAUAAGGAAAUGGAUGAGACGAACGAAGGGGAGAAUCAACAGGAUAAAGAACUGUGGGGAGACGAUGAGGAAACGGAAGAAAAUAAGGAGAAUUUAAAGGACGAUGAGAAUGCAGGUAAAGGAGAAGAACUUGACGACGAAACUAUGGGUGCUAAAAAUAAUGAAGAAACACUACCGAAGGAGUCUGGGGAAUACAAAGAAAAGGAGGACAUCUCAGACCUGAACGAACCGGACAUUAAUGACGAUCAAAUAGAUCCUUAUCAUGGUAACCAACAACCGGAAGUAGAACCGGAAGCGCUCGAUUUGCCCGAUGAUAUCAAUUUGGAUGAAGACGACGCGAUGGAUCAGGAAAACAAGGAAGAGGAUGUGUUCGACAUCGAUAAUAUGAAGGAACCGACGUUACCUCCUGAUGAAGAAGCAAAGGAAGAUCCGAACGAAGAAGCAAGCGAAGAACCGAAUGAAGAAGGACAGGAAGAAACGAAGGAAAAUUCUGAGAGUAAUGAAGAAAAGGAAGUAGAAUCCGGUGACGAGGAAGGUGAGAAUAUUGAAGCCGCUCCGAUCGAAAGUGAAACUGGACCCACUGAAGAAGGUGCCGACGAAGUUCCUGACGAAGAAAAUAGCCCGGAAGAGCAGCAGACCGUUCUGAACGUUGAUGACACUGACAAAAGAGGAGACAACGCAAUGCAGAUCGACGGAACCGAAGGCAAUGAAAAUAACCCAAACCAAGAACCAACGGAAAAAGAUGCUUCGAAAAAGGAAAAUGUCCAAGACUCGCAGAACGAUUACGGAACCGGUAAAUCGAACCAAGGUUUCGGGAAAACGGAAUCUGCUAUUGACGAGGGUGGAGCUUCGGACGAAAGAAAUACCGAAAAUACCCAGAAGAAACGAAAGACCCCCAAAGAAUUAAAGGACGAAAAUAAAACUCUAUUAGAGGAAAACGAACCAAUUGUGAAGAAGCCAAAAACCGAUAUUCAGGAGAAGGGAAACGAAAAAGAAAUUUCGGAAAAGGAAACAAUUGAUGAAACCGCUGAUAAAGAAACAAGAUUCCGUCAUGUGGACAGUAAAGAAUCUUCUAAUCAAUGCGCGGUCGAUGCGGCGACAACAGAUCAGGUAAAAGAACAAGCCUCUAAAAUUACAAUGGAAGAAAAAGAAAAAGAAGAAGAAGAAGGAACCGAAGAACAGGAUGUGAACAUGCUUUGCGAAGACGAACCAAUGCAACAGGAACCUACUGAUCAAAUUCACCCGGAACAAUUUUCAACCCUCGAGGAUAAAAACAAAGGAAAGUCUUCAAAGGCUAAAAACGAAUGCGAACAAAUGGAAAUCGAUUCAGAUUCAAUUUCCCAAUUAGUAGAAACGGAAAAAGUUGAGAGAGGAAAGGACUCGGCCUUCUUCACAAACCUGGAAAAUCUAUCAAUGGAAAAUGCGACGAAAGACUAUGAGCACAGGAGGAAUGAAGUGAAACAAGUUUUGGCUCACUGGCGAACGGAGCCAACUACUGAAGAAGCGAUAAAUACCUGGAAUGCUGUAAGCCUAAUUACCGACACUGCAGCUAGGGAACUUGCCGAGAAACUCAGAUUGGUUCUGGAACCAACGCAGGCUUCACGGUUGAAAGGCGACUACAAGACUGGAAAGAGGAUCAACAUGCGGAAAAUUAUCCCCUACAUAGCGAGUCAGUUUAGAAAGGAUAAAAUUUGGUUGAGACGAACCAAACCGUCGAAGAGAAACUAUCAAAUCGUUUUGGCAAUUGAUGAUUCAAGUAGUAUGGUGGACAAUGAUUCGAAGGAAAUAGCGUUUGAGUCACUUUCGUUGAUAAGCAAAGCGCUGACGUACUUGGAAGCUGGACAAUUGGGUGUAAUCAGCUUUGGAGAGGAUGUGAAUGUUCUUCAUCCUCUUGGGGAAACUUUUACACAAGAAAGCGGAGCGAGAUUGAUGCAGAAAAUGAGAUUUGAGCAGACAAAAACGAAAGUACCUCAGUUGGUGGAUUACAGUAUUGAUAUGUUUAAUAUGCAAAAUGAUUCAGUCGAAAACGCAAAGUUACUUGUUAUAUUGUCGGAUGGUAGAGGGAUCUUUUCCGAAGGAAAGAAUAGAAUGGCUUAUGCAGUACGUAGGGCGAGAUUAGCAGGCGUUUUCACAGUAUUCGUUGUUAUUGAUAACCAAAAGAACAAGGAAUCCAUUCUUGAUAUUCGGAUGCCGAUUGCAAAACCUGGACAACCGCUAGUUAUCCAAUCCUACAUGGAACACUUUCCAUUCCCAUUCUACAUGAUACUGAGAGACAUAAAUGCACUGCCUGAUAUUUUAAGUGACGCUCUAAGGCAGUGGUUUGAAUUAAUUGGAAAUAUGGAUAAUUGAAGAAUUACACCGAGAAUUAUUAAUCAUUACUUUUUGAUACAUGUAUAAUAAGAAAUUGUAUAGAUGAUGUAUAAUAAACAAAGUCAUGUACAUUAUAGUAUAGUUAAAACUAUAAUAAAAACUAUUUUGUCACAAAA